GUUACCGUGGCGGCCUGGGGACGGCGCCGAUGGCGCAGAUGGAGCCGAGCCCGGGGCCCGCGGGGCCGAGGGCGACCGAGGGGACAGAGCCCGAGCCCGAGAGCGCGGGAGUGCCGUGGUCCGCCUGCCCCUUCCUGGCCUGGAGCGCCGCGGAGGUGGCUGAGUGGGUGGCACAGCUCGGCUUCCCCCAGUACGAGGAGAUUUCACGACACGUGCGAGAGUUGCUGGGGAUUGAGGAGCCUCUCUUCAACAGAUCCAUUGCCCUCCCCUACAGAGACAACAUGGGUCUCUUCCUGGAGCAAAAGUCCCGAUCAGGAAAGAAAGCAGAUGCCCUCACUUUCUCACAGUUUAUCCAAGAAGCAGGACUGGAGCCCUAUACUACAGUUCCUUCUUUGCGACAAGCCCAGACUGGGGUAGAAGCAGAUGCUCUCCCUGUAUCACAGGGCACCCAGAGACAGGAUUAGAGACUCACACUGCACUUCCACUUCUGUGAGCCCAGCAGGGACAGCAGAAUAUAAGCUUAUUACCUUGCAGUUUGCCCAGGGAGGUACAGUUCCACCUUCUCCAGAUUAUACAAAAAACCAUUGCAGCUCUUAGCCAUUUGGUGACAGCAAAGACAUCGCCACAUUGGCUUUUUUCUGCAAUCCUUCCUUUGCUUCCAGGAACUAAGUGAAGCAGAAGCUAUAAAUCAGACUGUACCACUGUCUGUCUGUCACUUUUGCUUCACAGUUGAUUAAAAAGACCAAAACCCAAUCAUAGACAUAUUUUAAUUACCAGUGAUUAGUAACAACUUCCCUGCAGCUCAAGCAAAUAGAUUUCUCCCAGGCUUUAGUGUCCGCAGACUGGGCUCACUGUAAAGCCCAGAUGUAAGAUAACUGGUAUACAGGUGUGGUUCUUGUUGCUGUCGGCGAUCGUAAUUAAGCAAGGGGCCUAUUUACAACAUGCACAACUAAUCUCUGGCCUCACCACAGAAAUUAUUUCCUGUGAGGCAAAACCAGGCAGUGGUUUAUCAUAGUAAACAGUACUGAAACAUGAUAGAUGAUGGCAGGAAGUCUAAGAGAAUAUUGUAAGCUGAACUAGAGAAUUUAGGGAAUAAAAAUUGCUUUGUCCUGGGUGGAUUUGGACAGAAUAUCUAGUUACGUCCUUUUUCCUUGAAAGAAGUAUCAUGUAGUCUGUGGAGGUGGUGUGCAUUAUCACCAGAAAGGAAGUAUGAGUAAGUGCUGAUCAAAGCCUGGCUCAACAGAAAGAUUGCUCCUGACUAAAUCAUUACUGUUUUGUCUAGCAUCAAUGGCUUCCUCGAGAUCCCCCAUGGAAAAGUAAAAUUUAAAAAAAAUAAAAAACCCCAGACAAUUAGGCAUGAUCCUACUUAGUUAUUUAUGCCAAAGCUGUAGCCACUGCAAAAUAACUGUAAUUUGGUGUUGUAAUUCAGUUUUCUAUUGAAACUGCAACAGAAACCCAGUGAAACUGAAGCAGUUCAUAGGCCAAGAUGACUAUCUAAUAAGCAAAUUCAGAUCAAAAUAAAGCAAGACUCAGGCAGCCAGGGAGAAGCAAGUUUGCUGAGCUGUCUAGAGAUUGAAACUUGUAGAAGCAAAUGUGUGCAGAGGGUUAUUGGCUGCAAUAUUUUAAAGAGUCCAUGAGCAAACAGUGCUGGUUCUUGCACCCCUCAGUCCUGUGAGGGGGCUUGGCUGAGAUCUACCAUGCGCUUUGUUACAGUUUAUGAGGAUUUAGAAUCAUAGUCAGUAGUUUCCUCUGGAAUUUCUCAGAAAAUGUCGGAAGCAGCUGUCUAGAAUGGAGACUUGUUGUCCAGCGUCAUGCCAGACUCUGCUACAGCUGAAGUAAGAGAUGUCUUGGUGCUGAUCAGCCCACAUUGCUUUGUAGACCAGUCUCCAAAGGAUGCCUGGUAUAGUAGAGCAAGAUGGCACUGGACAAGCUCACUC